UGCCCAAUUACGUGAGCCUACCACGUUGAAAAAACCGUUGACCUCUUUACGGUGGGCGGAGCUGCUGCAACGAGCCAUUCCUUGCAGACAAUACUCGUCGACUCUUUUUUCUUUUUAUUUUUAAUUCCUUUCAAACGAUGAAUUUCAUCACAGUAACCCUAACCCUAAUCGUAAUAGCUGGGGUUUUAUCCUCUACCUCACAAUCACUCCGCUUCGAUAUCCAAUCGGGUCAUUCCAGAUGCAUCGCCGAAGACAUCAAAAGCAACUCCAUGACCGUCGGCAAGUACCACAUCGUCAAUCCUAACGAGGGCCAACCUUUACCCGAAUCACACAAGCUCUCCGUCAGGGUGACGUCGUCUUAUGGGAAUAGUUAUCAUUACGGAGACCAUGUUGAUUCGGGCCAGUUUGCGUUUACGGCUAGCGAGAAUGGGGAUUAUAUGGCUUGCUUUUGGGCUGUUGAUCAUAAGCCACAAAUAACCUUGACCGUUGAUUUUGAUUGGAGGACGGGUGUGCAAGCUAAGGACUGGUCUAAUGUCGCUAAGAAAGGCACAGUUGAUUUCAUGGAAUUAGAGCUCAAGAAGUUGUUUGAUACUGUUGAUUCAAUUCAUCAAGAGAUGUUUUAUCUUCGGGAAAGAGAAUCAGAAAUGCAGCAGCUGAAUGAAGCCACCAACUCCAGAAUGGCGUGGUUGAGUGGGCUUUCACUUUUUAUUUGCAUAACAGUUGCGGGCUUGCAACUAUGGCAUUUGAAGACCUUUUUUGAGAAAAAGAAGCUUAUUUAAGUUCUUAGUGGACAAGAUAAAAACUUUUGUAUUCAAUUCUCCUGUAAAUUAUCUUAGAAAAAUGUGCUUUUUGAUAGAAACAAAUAAUUAUGGGAUCAAAUUGUUAGAUUCAUUUGGGGUUUCAAGUGUCGGGAUUAAAAAGGAAGGUACUUUCAGAUUUUGGUAUGACACUGUUUUAUGUUAGCUAAAGGAAUGAUUCUAGGAGAGCCUUCGCAUAUUAAUACAAAAAAGGUCGAUUUCAA